CGUCUGUGUCGAUCGUUCGAAGAACGUGGUUCUGUGAUAUCGUUCGUCGAAAAAUCAUCUGUGUGUCUCCAGACUUGUCUCCGAUUAAAACAGCAAGAUGGAUCUCGGGGGUGUGGAUGUCUGGGGGCAGAUCGCCGUGGAAACGUCUCAAAUGUUCGUUUCCGAGGGCGGUGUGGUUAAGAGUCGCUUCGCGGGGACAACGAUCGAGAAGCUUCCCGACAAGGUGAUUCUGCACGUCUUCAGCUACCUCUCGCACCGUGAAAUAUGCAGGGUCGCACGUGUCUGCAAAAGGUGGCGUCAAAUCGCAUACGACACGCGUCUGUGGAAACACGUAUCGCUGCGCCCGGAGAUCAGCGGCUUGCACGUCAGCUCGUUGGACAAUCUGCUUCAUUUGAUCAGCACACGUUUCGGCGCCUCGUUGAGGUACAUCGAGCUGCCGAUCGAACUCAUCACGCACACGGUCCUCCACGAAUUAGCGAAUAAGUGUCCGAAUCUGACGCACAUGCUGCUCGACUUCUCGACCGCCAUGCAGCUACACGAUUUCUCGGAGAUGCAGGCUUUCCCCACCAAACUGAAAUACAUGUGCAUCUGUCUGUCGGAGGUGAUUUUCAUGGAAGGCUUCAUGAGGAAAAUUUACAACUUUAUCAACGGAUUGGAAAUCCUUCAUCUCAUAGGCACGUACGAAAAAGUGGAGGAAGAAGAGGAAGAAAUUUAUGAAGUCAUAAACGUGCACAAACUGAAAUCCGCGACUCCUAACCUGAGGGCGAUCAAUCUCUACGGGAUCAAUUUCGUCGACGAUUCGCACAUCGACGCUUUCUCGUCUAACUGCAUUCAGCUGGAGUGUUUAGCGGUGAAUUUCUGCUCGAAGGUCACCGGCUCGACAAUGAAGACUCUGUUCCAGAGGAGUAGAAGAUUGAAGUGUCUUCUGAUGCAGGGAACAAACCUUCAAAGCGAGUACGUGAUGCAAGUGGAAUGGGAGAAGUCCAGUAUCCAGGAGUUAGACGUCACUGCUACGGACUUAUCCACGGAAUGUCUGAUCGACAUGCUUUCCAGGAUCCCGGGACUUCGUUUCCUAAGCGCUGGACAAUUGAACGGCUUCAACGACAGCGUCCUGAAAGCCUGGGCAGAGCUUGGUAAUCCUCGAAACCUGAUCGCCUUGGACCUGGACAGUUCGGAUAACCUCACCGACGAUGCUUUGUACAAGUUUUUGUCGAGAUACGGCCAUCAGCUAUGGGGUCUUGCUUUGUCCGGGAUGCCUCAUAUCACUGAUCAACUGUGGCAGAGCGUGCUACCGAUAUUAACUAACGCCAAGAUUCUUGUGAUGGGAACGCAAGAGAGACUGGGCGUGAACAUCCACGUGGAUCAAUUAAUGGAUGGCAUCGCGAACAAUUGUCCGAACUUGGAACGACUAGAACUGCGUUGGGAUCCAGAGAACUUGCGGUUCUCCGACAAGAGUCAGAAGGCCAUCGAUAUACUACGCGUAAAGUGUAUCAAGUUACGGUGUCUGAGUUUAAGCGAUGGACGGUAUUACGAGAUCGUGAAGGCGAAUUUCGAGCGAGCCGAUCGACUGACCGUCGUACGAACGACGACGUGUUGCAGAGUGUCGAACUACUACCUCUUAGCCAAUUACAAGGAUUUAGUCUUCAAUUAAACAAAUUCUUUUCUAUUAUAAUUGUGAUUAUUUGUAUAUACACCGCGAUGGGAUUCAUGUACAAAGUGUUCCAUAUAAAUGCAUUACCGUGGAGGAUAAAUCCAUUAACGAGAUCUUGGACACGGAGCAACGACCGAUACAGGAUCAUCCAUUAUUCCGAGUAUUAAGACAGCGAGCAAAAUACCAGAUAUAUAUUUUUAUACACCACUUUUGAGUCCGUGCAUACGCGACUAAAUCGCCGAAAGAUUUGUAAAACGAUUUGAAAUGUAAGGUUUUUGUCUUUCGAAUGUGCAAUUUGGAAUUGGAUAAUCUCAAUGUUCUAACUGUACUUAUACAAGAAAACGAAGAAAAAAAAGAAUAGUUUGACACAGACAAAUAAAAGG